UGGCUUUUAAUGGGUCAGUGGCAGAAGAAGCUUUUGGCCUUUUCUGCUCUCCCAUGCUACCCAAAGUGCUUAAAUGGAAGCCUUGCAACUCCAUGCUCACCACCACCACAGCGUUUUGAAGGUCUCCUUCAAAGUGUUUAUCCUCUUUCUGCACUAAUGGACGAUGAGCAGAGCGGCAAGCGGCGAAGGGUUUAUUCCUUCCGGCCAAAUGAUAUACCACGUACUGGUUUCUCCUUCAAGUACAUUAGUUACCUUUUGCCGUCGCUUCUGAGGAUUGCUAGCAUUGGUUCCUGCCGCGGAGAUGAGGGAAAAGAGAUGAAGAAGAAGAUUGUGAGGUUCGAAAUCGACAUGGCAUUAGUGCUUUCGGUUGGCGAUGACUUCAAAUGGAGCCAUGCUUUAAAACAAAAGAUUCAUGGAUAUUCCACUUUGCUCUCAACCAUGAUACGAACUUAUCCAAAGAAUAUGUUUAGCUUCGCUGAGAAGCUACACCGCUCUUUCCCAUACCCUUCGGUUCAAAGAAUGCUUGUUGAUACUGGGAACCAAAUAAUCGUAAACCCUAACGCUAAGCCCAUUAAACCACACGUGAGAAGGAGUACUGCACUUAGGUUGCACAAAAGUAGUGUUAAGAAGUGGGUUAUGAGUAAAGAGAAAGAAGAUGUUAAUGAGUGCCUAGGAUUGUUGAGAAGCAUAAUACCUGGUGGGGAAGAGAUCAUGUGUUUGAGUGAGCUGGUCACUGAGGUGGAGAGUUAUGUGAGUUGCCUGCAGUUUCAGGUUGAAGUCCUUAGAGCUCUUGUCAGCUAGCCAUUGAUGAACUCUUGGGUAGUAAUUAUAGAAUGCAUGCCAUGUGGAGAGUGCACUAUCACACUAGUGGUCCACCAGUAUGCUUUGCUUAUGUUGUUUUGGGGCAGCUUAAAUGUUAAGAGAGAGAGAGAGAGAGAGAGAGAGAGAGAGAGAGAUGGAGAGUUAACAUUGUAGUUUGGAAUGCUUUUUUUUGUCUGUGAGCUACAAUCAGCUAUGAAUGUCAAUCAAGAUGAUGGUGUUUGGUGUUUGUAA